UUGCCUAUCUUCAGAAAUGCUGGUAUAGUUGACUUGCCUCUGUUCUCGCACCGGUGUCUGCCAGGGUCUGAACCAUUAGGUAGAGGAUCAGCUGAAAGAAAAGGCAGACAGAGAUCUUGUGCCAGAUCCGUAUACAUUCAGCACCCUCAUUACAGCAUUUGCUAAGCAUGAAAAGUGGUUGGAGCUAUGCUUAUGUGCACGAAAAUGCAGGAGAAAGGAUGGCACCCAGAGACGAGGAAGGGCGUAGCAAGCGACGAAAUGCUUCGGGGAGUUGAAAAUAAGCAUAGAUCCGGAGAUUCCCAAAUAGGUCAACCUUUUGAACUGCCUGCUGAAUCCAUGAGCAGGCAAGAGACAACCUGGCGAACUGAAACAUCUUAGUAGCCAGAGGAAAAGAAAGUCUCAUGUUGCUCUUCAGAAAACGCGUAUAGUGGCCUUCGUCGAUGGGACAAACGCUCCAGUGUAUGCGUUACAAGGCAACUAGCAUUUAGUUCGUGAAAGAAUGUUUCGUUGGAAAAACCAACGCCGACGUCAAGAUCAGUCUCCUUUCUCUUUUCGGGAGCAGAGCUGAAAAAGAUGGACAGUAACGAUCGCGUAAUAUCAAUUUAUCGGCCUCGUCAUCGAAAGCGGCUUCCAAUUGCUCGGAAAUUCUCAGCUAUAUGGGGGACUUUGAUGGUGAGCAAAAAGAAUUGAUCAAGAAAUUGGUAAACUUUCGCAUGAUCGAUGGUAAAAGAACGAGAGUUCGUGCUAUUGUUUAUAAAACUUUUCACCGCCUAGCUCGAACUGAACGCGAUGUAAUAAAACUUAUGGUUGACGCCGUAGAUAAUAUAAAGCCAAUAUGCGAAGUGGUCAAAGUAGGAGUCGCAGGUACUAUUUAUGAUGUUCCUGGGAUUGUAGCCAGGGAUCGUCAACAAACCUUAGCUAUUCGUUGGAUCCUUGGAGCAGCUUUCAAACGACGUAUAAGCUACAGGAUAAGCUUAGAGAAAUGUUCAUUUGCUGAGAUACUGGAUGCUUACCGAAAGAGGGGAAUUUCACGUAAGAGAAGGGAGAAUCUUCAUGGACUGGCUUCCACCAAUCGGAGUUUCGCGCAUUUCAGAUGGUGGUAAAGUGAUACCACAUAAGGAGCUCUUCCUCAUUCAGUCAUACUCAACAAAAGUAAGAAAUGUUUGACCCUGAUCCUUUUUUCAUCUUCAUAUAGAAAGAAAAUCGGCCUUCCUCAUACUCCCCCCUUCAUUCAUAGAGUUGGAGGAAUCCACGAAGAGGCCUGCCCGUUCAUAAUUGCAUAAAAGAACCAUUCUUUUAUGAAAACUCUUGUUCCAACCUCACCUCAGGUCGAAUGAAUACGAAAGGGGGAUCAAUCAAAUCAAUAAGCCAUGAAUGAAGAAGUAGUGGGCCUUUCGCCUUAUUUCGUUUGACUCGUGGAGCUGAGAAAUCUACUUCAAA